UAUAGUAUUACAGUUACAGAGAAGGUGCAGGGAGACAAAUAAGGUUCAAGGGCCGUGACGAAGUAGGUUGUGAGGUCAAGAGUUCAUCUUCAACACACAGGUCUAUUCAAGAGUCUUAUAGCAGCAGGACAGAAGCUGUACUUGAGCCUGGUGGUACAUGUUCUCAAGUCUUUGUAUCUUCUGGCUAAUGGUAGGGGGGAGAAGAGAGAAUGUCCGGGGUGGGUGGGGCUGUUGAUUAUGUCGGCUACUUUCCCGAGGCAGCGGGAAGUGUAGACGGAGUCCACGGAGGGGAGGCUGGUUUUUGUGAUGGACUGGGCUGUGUCCACAACUCUCUGCAAUUUCUUGUGGUCUUGGGCAGAGCAGUUGCCACACCAAACUGUGAUGCAUCCCAAAAGGAUGCUUUCUAUGGUGCAUCUAUAAAAAUUGGUAAGGGUCAACGCCGAAUUUCCUUAGCCUUUUGAGGAGGUAGAGGUGCUGGUGAGCUUUCUUGGCCGUGGCGUCUACAUGGUUGGACCAGGGCGGGUGGGGAAAGCUUAUAAUAAUCUUGCUCACACACAAUGUUGGACACUUAAGGUGAAAACUUUAUUCCUUUUCUUGCUUCAGUAGACGGUGAGGAGGGAGUAAGAAGUCCUCCAGGUGCCUGCCUGGGCAAAGCUGAACCUUUCAGGUGCCAACUCAGUGACUUCCACUGCAAUAGAACCACUUGGGAUCUCACUUCCGCAGCGCAGCUUCCGGCAGCGGAGCGCCGCCUGUUGGCCACGGACGGGGACUACAGCGGAGCCCCAGGAGACGUCACACGGGGCCGCUCUGUGCCGGCUGGUAACGACGCAGGUUCGAGUCCAGGCCAUGACCAAGAUAUUGGAAGGGGGGGGGGGGGAACAGCAAAAGAAUUUGCAAGCAAAGCCGAGGUGGAGAUGGUGAACGAAGCAGCAUCUUGGAUUUACAAGUAAGGUUUGCCUGAUCUUGGAGACUCUGGUAACCCCUAAAUUAUCGCCGAGAAGGAUUGGGAAAGAAAGGCGAAAGGAUGGAUGUAACUUCGGAGAGAGAGUUGGAAAAUAUCAUAAACGAAGCGAUCUGCUCGAUCUGCCUCGAGUUUUACAGGGAGCCAGUGAUGAUAGACUGCGGCCACAACUUUUGCAAAGGCUGCAUCCUGGAUUACUGGGAGAAGCAGAACGGGAGCGUCUCUUGCCCCAAGUGCCGGGAGGAGUUCACCCACCGAAACAUCAGGCUCAACCGCUUCGCCGCUAGCAUGGUGGAGAGCGUCCGCAAGCUGACCCUCAAGCCCAAGGAGGCGGGCGACCUCCGCUGCUCCCAGCACGACGAGAAGCUCAAGCUCUUCUGCGAGAGCGACAAGUCGGCGAUCUGCGUGGUUUGCGCCGUUUCCCAGGAGCACAAGGACCACAAGAUCAGCCCGCUGAAGGACGUGGCCGAGGUCUACAGGGGAAAGCUGCAAGGUGCCUUGGAGUUUCUCAACAAGCAAGUAGAUGAAAUAUCCAACUGUCAAAUCAAUCAACAGACCAACAUCACUGAGCUGAAGAAACAAGCCGAUGAUAUGCGGAAGAACAUCGAGUCCGAAUUUGCCAAACUUCGGCAGUAUCUCCGCGAGGAGGAGAAGAUGCUGAUGGGAAAGAUUAAGCAGAAGGAAGACCGUGUCUUGCAGCAGCUGCAGGAGAACCUGAAGGCAGUGUCAGUGGAAAACUCAUUGAUGAACCAGCGGAUUUCAGACAUUCAGAGGAGGAUGACCCUCCAGGAGGCAGAGCUGCUGAAGGACAUAAAAGCAGUACUUGAAGGUGUGGAGAUGCCAUAUGUCAGACCCACGGAAGUGCGCAUUGAUCUGAAUCUACAUGAGCCCAUCGGACCUUUGCAGUACACAGUGUGGAGACGGAUGCUGAGAGUUAUCAGUCCAGUGCCGGCCUCCCUGACCUUGGACCCGCAGACGGCGCACCCCCGCCUCGUCCUGUCCGACAACGACACCCAGGUGAGGCGCGGCGACUGGAGGAAGGUGCCCGACUUGCCCGAGCGCUUCAACUUUCUGCUCAGCGUGCUGGCGACGCAGGGCUUCACCUCGGGCCGUCACUACUGGGAGAUAGACGUGAGCAGCAACACGGCCUGGGACGUGGGGGCCGCCAGGUCCUCGGUGACGAGGAAGUCCAUCCCGGAGACCGGCAUCUGGGCGGUGGGUCUGUGGGACAAGGAGUACAGUGCCUUCACCAACCCCCGCACCUCCCUGCCGCUGACCGUCAGCCCCAAGCGGCUGGGGAUCUACCUGGACUACGAAGAGGGCCAGAUAUCCUUCUACAAUGCCCUCACCAUGGAUCACAUCUACACCUUCACCGACACGUUUACUGAAGCCGUCCACCCCUACUUCAGCACGGAGUGCAAAACCAACCCACUGAAGCUGGUCACAGUUCAGAUGUAGAGCAGGAGCCAAUUCCAACUGACCACCCCCCAAAGGGAAGCUUUCCGUUAGCAGAGGCCGGGCCACUGGGCAAAUGUACCCAGAUCCCUCCGUGAAAGAGGGGAGUGUGCCCCAUGUGCUUUGAGCCGAUGGAACCCUACCCCCCCACCACAACUCACCCCACUCACCACCCACCACCCCAACCCUCCUCUUCUUUCUCAGUGCUGGGACCGCACUCGCAGCCAGAAUGAGUGAGCAAUUGUGACAGACAGUUGUAUCAGUAUUGAAUCCAAAUGCAGGCGUCCCCUGGGUUCAGGGGAGGGGGGAGGGGGCGGUGGUGUCGCAUUCCGAGAAAAAGGCCCGCAUCGCGAUUUCCCGCAACGUGAAGUCACAUCAUCUGCGCACACAUCAAGAAACGCGAGUUGAAAAGAAAACAAAUGUUGGGGGUUUGUUUAUUAACUUUUUUGUUCUCAUGUAAUUUCCGUCAGACCGAAUUUAAUUCCGUUAUGUCAAACUUUUGGGAAGUGAGUUGUGAAUUUUGUACGGGUGAAUUUCCAUAACCCAGACAGCCAUAACGCGGGGUCCACCUGUGCACGGUUCGUUCGCUGCUUGGUUUGGGUAGGGAGCGGUUUCAGAGAGGAGUGAACUGUAGAAAAACUGCCUGCAACUGUCAGCAGCAUUGUGGAAAUUAGUGCCUUGUUCCUUAUUGCCGAUCAUCAGUGUUUUUUUUACUCUCUGGACAGAUGGGAGGUGUUGCAGUUAGUCUGAGACAUUUUGAAAGAAAGGAUUUAUCCUCACAGUAAAGAAUGGGCUCCUGGUGUCAACUCUCAAGUUCUCUUUAUAUUGCAGAGAUGACAACCUUCUAACCAAGCUUGCACAGCAGGGAGGUUUACACCAAUCUGCAGCUACACUGGCUGAGGGGAGAGAAGGUUGUUGAAGGAGGGAUAGGAGAUUUAGUUAAAGAUGAGUCUUCCGCACCGAAUCUGGGGAAAACACUCCAGCAAAGGAGAGCCUCUGGGCAAGUACCGUCAUCCUGAAUUAGUAUGAAUGAGGGAGAUGCCAACCCACUUCAAAUUAAAGGUCCUACUCAAUCAAACAGGAGUUAUGUGGAACUGUCUGCAUUGAGAGAAUGUAAUACCCUGGAUUUUCUACUCUACUGUACCCCAAAGGGUGGGAGACCAGCAGUGUGAUUGGCACGGGAGCAGGAGACAGUGUUGGUGUUUGGGGAGGUGGGAAGGGGGAGGGAUGGUAGGUGUUUGGGAAGAGAUUGGGACCAGCAGU